CUCGCGUCACUGACUAAACCCAAAACCUGAUUGCCAAAAUGUCUUUAUCCUCCAAGAUCCCUUCCAAGGUACUCGCCGGUAGGCUUACCACCAUUCAUCGCCGCCUUUGCACCGCCACAGCCACCGCGUCCGAGACCAGAACCCAGAAACUGGAACGCAUUGCCGACGAGUUGAUGAACCUUACAAAGCUCGAGAGGUACGACUACUCCAUCCUCUUCCGACACAAAAUGGGACUCAACCGAUUCGGGCCUGCAGUCUCCGGACCCAUCUCCGCCUCAGCCGACACCGCUGACGUUAAGGCGGCGGCUGAGGUGGAGAAGACGGCGUUCGAUAUAAAGCUGGAGAAAUUUGACUCUGCGGCCAAGAUAAAGAUAAUCAAAGAGGUUAGGACUUUUACUGAUUUGGGGUUGAAGGAGGCUAAGGAUUUGGUGGAGAAAGUGCCUGUCGUUUUGAAGAAGGGAGUUACUAAAGAGGAGGCAAAUUCCAUUAUUGAAAAGCUCAAAGAGUUGGGUGCUACUGUCGUAUUGGAAUGAAAUUGUGGUAUUUUGAUACUUUGUUAUUUGAAUUUAAAACAGUGUAUUUUGAUUUCGAGACCAUUAAUAGACUGCAAUUUAAUGACUUUCAUAUCCUCUGUAUCUUUUCGGUUUUGUAUUUUGAAAUAAGAGUCACAAUUAGUAGCUAUUA